AACGAAGGGUAAAGGUCGGUAUCUCUCGCGUUUGGUACGCUACCUCUCACUCUCACCACAAGAGCAAACCCUAGGUUUUCCGAUCUCUCUCCCCAAUUCACAGAGACACACCCAUGCCGCCCCAGACACCAGGAUCCGGCCGGAUCCGUCCCGAUCACGAACCGAUGCGGCCUACUAAACAACCACGGCUUGCAGAGGUAGAAGAAUCGGAGGCGGCAGAGGCACAAGGACCGAAGGCGGCUGAGGCACAAGGACAAAAGGCGGCUGAGGCACAAGGACCAGAAGCGGUUGGGGAACAAGGACCAGAGGCGGACGAUCCUGACGAAAAAGAUUGGCCGGAUUCUGAUAGUUCCGAAUCAGAGAAGUAUGGUACCUGUAUAAUUUGUUGGAAGGAUGACCACACUGUUGCAACCUGCCCCUUGACUUAUUUUGUCCCAUCCGGGGAGCUUGUCAGCCCUUAUGCUGAAAUAGUCUGUUGGUGUUGUCAGGAGGACCCAGAAGUAGCCCACCCUGGUGAAAUAGUCGCACGGAGAGCUAUGGUCAAGCCUGGUGUAUAACUUGUACAAGAGGAAACUGCUGGCACCGACACCUCCCCCUCCCCCUUCUCCACCGCCUCUCAGGGAAAGGGAUGGAUCCCUUCCAUCAAAUCUUCCCAAUCACCUAAUCCGAGUCCUUGAGAUUUGAUCAAUCGGCUAAAGUUAUUAUAACCUUUAAAAGGCGUCUUGUUGGUAGCCGUUGGAUCAAAUUUUAAAGGCUCGGAUUGAUCGGGUGAAUUUGGUGGAAGAGAUCCAGAGAUGAUCCUUUUCCAGAAAGGAGCGCGUGCACACACACACAUAUAUAUAGCUAUGCAUAACUUUGUGGGUUGAGCUAACCUUUGGCGGCCUUUGUUUGUUCGUACUGUGCGUUAUAUAUAUGCAUGCGCAUAACUUUGUGGGUUGUGCUAGCAUUUGUGUGGGAACAAUUUCAUUUUCAUUUUUGUUUUUUAUUAAGAAGUGAUUAGGUUUUUAAAUUUUUAAAAAGAGUAUGAGACGAUGAUGGGGUCUCUUAAUAAUGGUGUAUUUUUCUUAAUAUUGCAUAAUUAUCAUUUUGCCUUCUUUAUGUAAA